AUGAUAGAUCCUCUCUUCCUGUCUUCUAUAUUCCUUUCUUUCAGAUACUUGUCCGAACCCUCUCGUUCUAAUCAGACGCCCAGGUACACCCAAGAAGCAAAUACGACGGCUCUAGCAAUAGAGCCUCCGCAGCCUCCUGGCCUUCUGGGCUUAUUUCACCCUACUGCUGCCCUUGCUACUACGACGCACUAUCCUCAGGACGGUGCCUAUUACCAGCCAGCAGCAGCUCAAGUAUUUCCGAGCCUAGAUGUUAGAUCUCGCAUAAACAAUAACGUCGCGGCCUCAGCUGGCAUGGCGCAGGCUCACACCCACCAACAGCACCGCUCCGCUGGAUUACCGCAUAUUACAGCGCAAGUAAGCACCAGAGAACAAUACUCUACUGCAACACCCUCGUUUAGGAGGCCAUCCGAGCACCCUGUCAGGUCUCCGCCAUUUCCGGGAGUACCUCUCCGCCGUUUGCCGCUGUCGCCAACCCCAAGCCCACUCACCUCUUAUGUCGCUCCGGCUGGGAGGAUGGAGGCUAGCCAGUUCCAAAACCGACCCUCCACAACAGCUGUGCCUCCCCUCAUGUCCGUCCAGACGUCUGGGUCCCUUCAAUAUGAUAACGGGACGCCAAUUAAGGUUGAGAUUACGGGCACUGUGGACAAGGGAUUCUUUCUUGCCGACGGUGAAUGGACCUGCUAUCGACGAAACUAUAUGACUUGCGCAUGCUCAUACUCGCUGCAACCGCAUUACGCGAACACGGGAAUUCACUUCAUCCCUCCUGGAACCACUCAGUCGUUCCAAGUCUAUGGACUAUACAUGUCGAUUUCUGCCGUCGUAGCAGAUAAUGAUCAAAGCAUUGAGCUGGUUCAACACACUCCUAAGAGGGACAAGGGACCAACAUCCAAGCCCGAGAAGGUUCUGCUGGCGCCCAAAAAUUCCGUCCCGCCUCAUCACGCCAGCAUGUACACUGACAAUUCGAGCGCAUCUGGCGCCAGAAUGUACCAAGACGGUUACGGCAACGGACAGGGGGUUGGUCAGCCUGCAACUGAGCACACGUUUGAGCGUAUCCAGUUCAAGCAAGCCACCCAAAAUAAUGGCAAGCGGAGGGCUGCUCAGCAGUAUUACCAUCUUAUGGUCGAGCUCUGGGCAGACCUUGGCUCACAGACUCCUGAGAAGUUUGUCAAGAUUGCUUAUAGGAAAUCUGAGAAGAUGAUUGUCCGCGGCCGCUCCCCCGGCCAUUACCAAAACGAAAAGAGACGAAGCCAAAGCGGCGGCCCAGGAGGCUCCUCUGGAUCACUGGGAAGCUAUUCCUCGUUGGCAAGCAUUGGAGAGUUUUCGCCUCAUCCCAGCAUGCUUGGCGGGAACGGCACGUAUAAUGCAUCCUACGACCCAAGAGGAUCAGUAUACCAAACGCCAAGGAAUCACGAGGUUCCUGGAGAAGUGGCAAUGUCUCCCGACGACGAAAAAGCUAUUGGGAAUGCCAAGGGAUAUUUAUACUAUCCUGGGUCAAUGUACGACAGCUCUCCGCCGCGACCUCUUGAGAUGUUUGGCACUCGCAACGAGCAAGAGCAUACUCCAUCGCAGUCAUCCACCGACUCCAAGGUAAAGAGUGAGUACGACAUUACGCCUCGUGUCUUUCAUCCACCACCGCUCACGGAUAGUCGUCGCCAGCUGUCAGUGUUUGAAGGGAAACCCACUUCAGGUGGUUACUACCCUACGAUCUUGUCUCCCAGCGCAAACAUGACUUUGUAA